AUGGACGAAAUCUGCAGUGGAGACCAAUUAGUUCUCCUCAGUAAACUCCUCAAUCCUUCAGAAAGGGACUCUGAUUCAGAUGAAGAUGAUCUUGUGCCUUCAAGAAGAGCUCCAGUGACCCCAGCAAGUUUUUCUGUCCAAAAUCCUCAGCAGAAAGUGUGUCAAACUGUUCAGAAAUUGAAGGAGAACUUCCCACGAACUCUCGAGGAAUGGGAAGCUCUCGAGGAAGUGAAUAAUGAGGAGUUGGAGACCAGAAAACGACCAGAAUAUCGAAUAUCCUACAAGCAGGAGGUGAAAGUGGAAGAUGUCUUCCUGCAAAUGACCAACAAAACCUCAGCUACGAGCUCCUGUGAAGACAUGACGAUCACCAUUGACCUUCCAGAGGAGACUUGCAAUGUGGACAGGAUGGACCUGAAGACAACUGAUCAGAAGAUUGACUUGGAAACCCCAAUCUAUCGGCUCAAAAUUCCUCUUCCGCACCAAAUUGAUCCGGACAGGAAGAAGGCAGCAUGGAAUCCUGACAAGAAGGAGCUGAUCUUAACCCUGAGGAUGAAGAGGGAGUUAGAUUUUGUGAAUUUCUAACUCCACAAACUCAAAUAUAUUCCAGAGAGAGUUUUGUCAAAUAAAUUAUGAAUAAAUAUCCCAUUCAUAAUUGUAUCUUGCAGUCCAUUUAAAUGUCAGAGUGAGACGAUGAACUGAAUAAAUCGACCAAAAGAGAU